UGGCUCCAUCGUCUGGCCCGGUACACCACCCAAUGUGUUGACUUCCUCAAUCAACCCGGGGUGAUGCCAGUAAAUUUCCAGGAGCCCCCAGAGCCUACGGUGGUGCCAAGCUGCAAGUGGUUGCUCACCGUUUACAGCCAAGACAUUCUGACCAGGCUGGAUGAAAUCCAUGCCAGAAUAACAUCCACCUAUGGCUCUGUCUUGAAGAUGGAUUCUACUAAAAAGAUCACCAAGAAGCUGGCUGGGACAGCGAGGGGAACGGGACUCUGGCUUACCUCUGUUGGCAACGAGUUUGGUCAGGUGCUCAUAAGUGUGCUGACAGCCCAGGAAGGAGCAGGACUUGACAUGAUGGUAGACGGUCUGGUGAAAAGAUACCAGCAGGCUGGUGUAAAUCCACCUUCUGUGUUGUACGUGGACUGUGGGUGCUGCAGUGAGGUGAGCGAGAGCAAGCUGAAAACCAGGUUUAGGGGCUGGCCAGAUCUCAUGAUACGCUUGGACAUCUGGCAUUUUAUGCGCAGGAUUGCCUUGGGGUGUACAACUGAUGCCCAUCAGUUGUACCCCAUUUUCAUGUCACGGCUAUCAGCAUGCAUCUUUGAAUGGGAUGCAGCUGACGUCUCUAUCCUUCGCAAAGCAAAGAGAGAGCUGUUGAUGUCCCAGGGUUGGCCUGCGCUGACAGAUGAAGAUGUAAACAAGCAUCUGACCAGGGAGGAGCUGGCUCUACAUUGCCGGAGGAGGACCCGUGGAGAGGAGACUACCAUCCUUCUCAUUGAACAACUGCUUACAGAACUCCUGAGCAGCAAGGGAAAUGACUCUCUGGGGGUUCCUCUCUUGGAUCGAGAAAGGAUGGAGCACAUCUGGUGUGUCCAAAAGAAGCACAUCAAGUGUAUCCAAGACCCUCUUGGUGUUGCCCUCUAUACUGAGACCGGGAGCCUAACCAAGGGAGGUGUGCUUCUGAAGACUUACAGAUGUGCCAGAGGCUCCACUUCUCUUGAAUCCUUUCAUUUACACCUUAACCGUUUCAUCCCAGGGACCAGUGCAAACAGUCUGAACUUUCAGAUUUAUUUGUUGGAGGGUCUACACAGGUGGAACCAGGAUCGGGAGGCAGCUUCCAUGUCAUCUGAGCCAUCAGCUUUACGCAGCUACACAGGAGAACUUGUUCACUGUGUAAACAGCAAUUAUGAAAAGCUGUUUGGCAGGAAAGUGGUCCCCACGUUUUGUCCCCCUGCACGUUACACCGGUGAGCUCAUUGGAGUGCAGUAUCUAUUCCAGCAGACUGGUCAGGCACUGCAGGACAUGAACCCAGACUCUGAAGAGACGGCAGAGCUCAUCGAGGAACUUAAUGUGGAGGAGCGAGAUGAAGAUGAGGGCUUCUGUGAUGUCAGCGAGGAUCACACAAUUGCAGAUCCCGAGGAUGUUCUGUCACCUCCCUCCUCCACUCUGACACUGGGUUCUUCCACCGUGGUCACCAGCAGUGACACGGCUGUACUGGGUUCCACAUCCCCUUCACUGGUCCCUGAUCCUACACCUGCUCCUUCAUCACCUGGACCCUCGGGGACUGCUGUGCCACCUUUUCCCUCUGAAACAUCUGUUUCACCACUCUCCUCAGAGCCAGAGGAUGCUGGUCAGGAUGAUGAUGACGAUGAAGAGACUGCUGUUGACUACCAAAAUGUCCCGGGAUACCAACAUGUGGACAAGCUGGCCGAAUAUCUGGUGGAGCUCCGGGGUCACACAGCCCUUAGCCUGACCAAUCAGGAAGCCAGCACCAUAAUUGAACUUUGGCAGAACCUGGCUGACCAGGACAAGCAACGGGUGGUGUAUGCAGCUAGACACCAGAAGAGACUGCUGAGUGGACGCUUCAGAGUACCAAAGAGGCCCACUAAAACCCCAGGAGUAGAGAGCACCAUCAGAAGUGUGCUGGGAGCAAGCAGCGCACCUGCUCAGUGGCCUGACUGUUGCCGUCUGGUGGAAACCAUCUUCAUCAGGCUUUGCAACACCCACCCAAGCCCCAAGAGAAAAGGCAAGGGAACGCUGUCGAGAUGGUCUCUAAUCCUCCAGGAUUACAGGAGGAUAAGGCAGCUUGUACUGGGCAACAGCUUGGUGAUGGGAGGAACCUCAAUGCAGCUGGUGGAGGUUAACCAGAAUACCCUGAUUCAGUGGUAUAACAACAGACAGAAAAAGCAGGAACUGUCUGUGCUGAUUCAGGGCAUUCAGUUGCCUCAGCCCCUCCCUGAAGCUCAGGAACCUCUCCAGGCUGCCAAACACCUACGGACUGAGCCAGAACAAUCAGGGGAGCAGCACCAGUACAAGCUACCAGAGAGCACAGCAGGUCAGGCAAAACAGAGGCACACCUCUACUGGGCGACCUCCUCUCAGACCCAAGGCACCAACACAGACUACUAUGUUGGUUACGCCAUCAGCACCUGGAGCAUCAGUGCAGAUGGUACCCAAUAUACUUAUAUCUGCAGCACCAGGUUUCCCGGGUGUGCCAAUGCUUCAGGGUGUGCCAAUGUUCCAGGGCAUGCCAAUGGCUCAAAGACUGCCAAUGGUCCAGGGCAUGCAAAUGGUCCAGGGCAUGCCAAUGGUCCAGAGGAUGCCAAUGGUUCAGGGAAUGCCAAUGGUUCAGGGAAUCCCGAUGGUCCAGGGAAUGCCAGUGGUUCAGGGGAUGCCACUGUUACAUCCUACAGUUGUGCAGGGCACAAGUUCACAACCAGCUGCCAAUCCCCAAACCAUGCCUAAGAGACCCUACAAGAGAACUGUAGAGGCGAACACUUGCAAGAAAUGCGGACAUUUCAAAACCAGUGCAACAGGACAUAGCCAGUACAGGGGCAAAGUAUACUGCCCACAGUCUGAAACUGUUACAAAAGAACAGUGGUUAGAGGAAAUGCGGAGAACUGUUCCCAAAUAA